CUACCUUCUUCGCUAUGACAGUAUUCAAUUGACGUCUUUUCUGUGUUGUAAGUUCAUAUGUAGUUAACUGAUAUAUUAUCUUCCUUCACACUGUAGGUUCCGAACAAUCCACAUAGUAAAAUGAUCUAUCCUUGGAUCUCCGGGAUGUUGUGUUUUCAAUACAUCCUUACUUUAUCAUCCAUGGUUGGAGGCAUGGCGUCUAUCAAUACAGCCGUGUUUGUUCCCGAAAACGCCUUAGUAGGAACAGUCGUUGCCCGUCACAACACUUCCCUACAGCCAGUGAUUUACAGACUACUUAAUGGUAACGACUAUGAAAGGUUUUCGAUAGCAGAAAGGCAAGGUGUUGUCGAAGUUGCUAAUCCAUUGGAUUUUCAAAUACAGUCGACUUAUCAGCUGCAAAUCCGAAUAGACAACGAACGCAACCUCGCUAAAAAUGCCUCACUCUGGACCCUGACUGUUCAUGUACUGGACGUGUCUGGAUACCCUCCAUACUACAACAAAACAUGUGAAACCCCCGAAAGAUCCUCUGGUCUUCCUAGAUUGAUAGAGUUCACUGAUUUGUUACUGAACGGCUCAUCAAGAAAUGGAUUAAAGAUCAGUAACAAGACUGAUAUUGUGAAUGUGAAAAAAAGCACAGCGUACUUUAGUGUGACGAACGACAUAUGCGAAGUGAAUGUGACGUUUGGAAUCAAACAUGUCCAAGAUGUUGCAGUAGCUCAUGUGAUGUCAAAAGCUGGCGUCCAUAAUCUGACGCUGUGCUGUGUGGCAGGAGACAACAAGGUGUCAGCGAUUCUGAUUGACAGAGACUGGGUUAGAGAGCCUGAUAUACCAUUCUUGCUGCCUAUGGCAUUUUCCGAACUCGUUGCCUCUAAAGGUUUGAAUGCUAUGUGGGUUGACAAUGAAAGGUAUAGUUAUUUUGUUCUUGUCAAGCUUGGCAUACUCAAAACAGCUACCCCCGUGACAAUUAAGUUGGUAUUAACGAAAGUGAUGGCUUCAGCUCCCUACGGAGAAUUAAAUUUUACAGGUCAAACCACUGUAAAACUUGCUGGUUGUCCACAAGGUAAAUACGGCGCAUACUGUGACAAAAACUGUAUUUGUAAGAACGACGCCCGGUGUCACGGCUUCAACGGGGCGUGUCUGUGUGCUCCUGGUUGGAAGGGUGUGGCAUGCGACAUACCAACCCCAGCUGUCGCUAUUGACGUCCGGCCUGAAGGAAACAUGUAUAUAACUGGGAAUGUUUCCCUACAAUGUCGCCCUGUUCAUAUCAAUGCCUCGUCCAUGACAUGGUGGUUUCGGGCAUCUCGCAACAACAGUUCCAAAAUUUUCAUCCAAACGUCCCGUAACUUUUCAAUCAGUCCGAUUCUACCAGAGACCAACGGUGUGUAUACGUGUGAAGUCACCACAUCUGAUGGACACACACUGGAGAGAAACUACGUCUUAGAUGUGAUGGAAUGUCCUCCCGGUCUUCACGGGGAGCGUUGUGACAGGCCGUGCGACUGUCUACAUAACGUUGGUUGUGACCGUUGGGCGGGGUGUGUAUGUGAGGCCGGUUGGACAGGCCCUACCUGUAACAUGUCCUGCCCUGCAGGAACAUUUGGGACAAACUGCAAACAACAAUGUCGAUGUGAAAACGGUGCGGAGUGCAACCCUUUCAAUGGCACUUGCAUCUGUCCGCAUGACCUGACAGGAGAAUACUGCAAAGGGAAGCAACGUAGUCCAUUUCAUAGGACACAGGACACCUUACAGUAUUUUACUAUACUUGUUUUCAUCCUUCCUGUUGUAGUAGUUGCUUGUAUAGUUAUGAGAAGAAAAAGAAAAUUUCUCAAGGAACAACAUCAACAACCAGUUCACGAGGAACUGCAGCUUGUUGAUGUCAAUCAUCAACAGAACAUGGCAGACACGUUAGUGCCAUGGGAACGAGACCCGCAGUACCUGACCCUGGGUAACCUGGUCGGGGUUGGCACAUUCGGCCAUGUUGUAGAAGGAACCCUACAUCUUCCUGGAGAACUACCGGUAAGAGUAGCAGUCAAAAUAGUGGACACCAACGCAGAGUAUGUCCAAGCGGAUUUCAAUCGUGAGAUGGACAUGCUGAUCUACCUUUACGACAGAUCCUUACACACAAAGGAAGGUGAAAAAGUUAUGCACCCAAAUAUCAUUCAGCUGUACGGCGUUGUUACCCUGUCUGACCCGAAGAGGAUAAUAUUAGAAUUUGCCCCUCACGGAGACCUUCAGAUGUACCUGAAAAGACUCCGAGACGACAUCAACGCGGUGAACUGGGCCACUCUAUUUGGUCUCGCCAUCGGUGUAUCUAAGGCUCUACAGGAGCUAGAAAGAGUCACAAUUGUCCAUCGUGACGUGGCCGCUCGGAACGUGGUCAUCACAGACGGAAUGGUCGCUAAGCUGGCAGACUUCGGUUUGGCCCGAGACGUCUACACCAACACUGUGUACGAGCACACCAAUCACCACGGGCGAGACGAGUUACUCCCGCUGAAGUGGAUGGCACUGGAGUCUAUCCGAGAUGGAAUUUACUCCUGUCAGAGUGACGUGUGGUCGUUUGGUGUCAUGUUGUGGGAGAUUGCCAGUCUAGGAGAAGAGCCGCGCUAUCCUGGGCCUUUCCGACCAAACUGUUGUCAGAUGGUCAACAUGCUUCGGCAAGGAAAUCGCAUGGAGAAGCCUGAACAGUGUUCCAUUGACCUGUACAGACUGAUGUGUCAGUGUUGGUAUGAUGCUUCUGACCACAGACCGACUGCUGCUCAACUUGAAGAAAGACUUGCUGAGCUAGUUAGGGAAGUUGGUGACUGUGCUGAUGACUGUGUGACGGUCUGGGAAAGUACUGUCUGACCAUGAUUAUGUGAGUGCUUGUCAUAUACCAUUGGCAUUCUUCUUGGUACACUUGUCGGAAGAACUAGAAAACACCAAGGGAGGAAAUGAAGCAUGGCUUCAACGAUUAUAAUUGCCCUUUUAAAAGUAAAUAUGUGUGAAUUAAAUCGCAGUAAUAUUGCACAGAUACCCAUUCCUUUGUUAUUAUAUCGGAUGAUGUUCUAUGUGA